UGCAACUCCAGUGUGCCUGUGUGGAGUCCUGUGAACAUUGCCAGCGUCUCCCUGAAGUGUCUGAACCCAGAAGUGGGCACUGAUGCAGACAAGGGGAAGGAUGUUCACAAGCAUGUGGUUGACAGUGCAUAUGAGGUGACCAAGCUGAAAGGUUACACAUCCUGGGCCAAUGGCCUCUCUGUGGCAGACUUGACUGAGGGCAUAAUGAAGAACCUUAGGUGGGUGCAUCCCAUUUCCACGAUGACUAAGGGUUUCUAUGGAAUCAAUGAUGAUGUCUUCGAUGCCCCCUGUAUGCGGGAACAAAAUGGAAUCUCGGAUGUUGUGAAGGUGACACUGACUCCUGAGGAAGAGGCCUCCCUGAAGAAGAGUGCACAUACCCUCUGGGGAAUCCAGAAGGAGCUGCAAUUCUAA